AUGGCUUCCCUUUUGCUCAGCGCCCUCACGCCGCCACCAGUCAAUACCUCACCCGACUACGAUGGCGUCGAGUAUAGAUGGAAGAUGUUCACAUUCAGGCCUGCAUUCUUCCAGUAUGAACCCUUCCUCCUCGUCGGUGUCUUGCUUUAUGUCGCGUUUCAUUUCUGGGGCAAAAAAGCGAACGAGACCCGAGUGAACACAUGGUAUGAAGCACAUAGACCGCUUCUCGAGGCCCAGUUCUCGAAACCCACAGACAGAGGUCUUAUACGUGAUGGAAACUCAGACUGGUUUAACUACUCCACUGGCCGGCGUGCGCUCACCUCCCUGCACACGAUCUUCACCGUGCGGCCCCGACACGACUUCUUCCAGUAUGCAUUUCAGAUCGGGAAAGGGCUCGUCGAGCUCGACUACCGGGUGUACGACGAAGUCGAGCUCGACUUCACCUUCAAGGAUUCAUCGGGGAAGGAAAGCACGGUGCCGGACUGUGUGUGGGCUGUUGUGGCCAAGGACGAAAUCAAGAGCAUAAGGAAGAGGAGAUGGGACUUGACCUUCACUAAGACAACCGACCAGCCUGGCCUCCCACCCUCGCUCACGGUCAUGUCCGAAUUCGCGGACAUCACCGCUAACCUCCUCAAGCCCCUCGGGCCGCUGAACCUGCCUGCCGUGCUCUCCGACCCGACGAUCCUGCCCUACUUCCGCUGCCUCUCGCUCACCGACCAGCCGCGCACACGCCCGUCCAUACCCGUCCCGCCCGCGGACCGCCGCAGGCACCUCACGCUCACGCUCGCGCUCCCUCCCGCGUCCGAGGCGGGCGCGACGCUCCCCCUGCUCGUAGCCGCGUUCCAGCUUGUCGACGCCAUUGCGGGCACGGGCAAGGCGGGCCUGCGCGGCGGGCUGAAUGGGCAGCUGCGCCCCGAGACACGCGUGAAGCUGCGGAAAAUCAGGGAGGAGGUCGACAAGGAGAUCAGGGAGGAUGCGGUGAAAGAGAAGCGCGAGGAGCAGGCAGAGGAGAAGGCGGCGGCGAAACGCAAGGCGGAGGAGGAGCGCCUGUCGCGAUUGAGUGCGGCGGACCAGAAAAAGGCUAUGGACCGCGAAAAGAAGCGCGCCAUGCGUAAGAGCCAAGGAAGGGUCAAGGUGCGGUAGCACACGCAUACUGCCGCAGAUCGACAUCUUGGUUUCCGGGUUAUCGCCACUUUGUUGUGAUGCAAGAACAUGGUAGAAUAAAUUAUGUGCAUCUAGUGUA